AUGAAGACAGCUCUAUUACUGUUACUCACUAUAACACUGUCACUUUCAGCAUCAAUCGACUAUGUUUUUACUGAUGUAACUGAUGAAGACGUAAAAUUAGAAGAUGACCAUGAUUUAGUUGAAGAGGAUUUAGUAGAGUUUGAUACUGAUGAUUUCGAUAGUUCAUUUGAAUACAACCUUGAAGAUGAUAAGGCAAAAGCUGCCCCAAAGAAAGCUGCUCCUAAAAAGGCUGCCCCAAAGAAAGCUGCUCCUAAAAAGGCUGCCCCAAAGAAAGCUGCUCCUAAAAAAGCCACUCCAAAGAAAGCUGCUCCUAAAAAAGCCACUCCAAAGAAAGCUGCUCCUAAAAAAGCCACUCCAAAGAAAACAACUCCUAAAAAAGUUGCCCCAAAGAAAACAACUCCUAAAAAAGUUGCCCCAAAAAAGGUUACUCCUAAGAAAACAACAACUAAAAAACCAGUUCAACAAAAGAAAGGUCUUUUCGGUAAAAUAACCUCAUUUGGUUCAAAAAUAGCUCAAAAAGGAAAGAGCAUUGCCAAAAAAGGAAUGAGUGCUGCUAAAGGAAAAAUCAGUUCCAUUAAGAAAGGAGGUAAAGAAUUAGUUAAUAAAGGAAAAACGAUGAUAAACAAAGGGAAAGAUGCAUUACAAAAAGGAAAGGACACAUUAAAGAAAAGUGUUAACAACUUAAAGAAUAAAGGACAGACUAUUAUGAAUAAAGGAAAGAACAUUGUGAAUAAAGGAAAGAACUUGAUAAACAAAGGAAAAGAUGCUUUGAAGAAAAAUGUUAGCAAUUUAAAAAAUAAAGGAAAAGACAUGAUAAACAAAGGAAAAAAUAUGAUAAACAAAGGAAAAGAUGCUUUGAAGAAGGGUGUUAACAAUUUAAAAAAUAAAGGAAAAGACAUGAUAAACAAAGGAAAGAACGCUUUAAAGAAAGGAAAAGAUGCUUUGAAAAAAGGAAAAGACGCUUUAAAGAAGGGUGUCAGCAAUUUAAAAAAGAAAGGUGCUCAAGCACUAAAGUCAGCAAAAGAUAAAGGAAAGAAGGCAUUAGAGAAUAUUAAGAAGUAUGGAAAAAAAGCUAUGAAGAAGUAUUCUGAUGCUAAGAAGAAGAUAAGUGAAGGAAUCAAAGGAAUGUCUAAAAAAGCUCAAAAGAAAUUUAAGGAAACUGCUAGCAAAUUGAAAGAGAAAGCAAAAGGAAUGGCUAGUAAAUUUAAAAAGUUAGGUAAAGUAACUUUGAAAGGAGCUAGUUCUGUUUUCAAAAAAGAAUGGAAAAAGAUGCAAAGUAAAAUUAGCAAGACCCUUAAAAAUGCAGCAGGCAAUGUUAGGAAAAAGUUGUAUGAUGGAUUAAAGAGUCAGUGUUGGUUCAAGGCACUUCAAUCUUGUGGUUGUUGUAAAGAGUGUAUGGCACAAAAACCACCUUCUUGUGGUUGUUACAAAAAAACUAGUGGUGGUUCAUCACAUCGUAAAUCAAAAGGCUCCUCUCGUAGUUCAUCAAGUAGUAGAUCAGGAAGUUCAUCCGGAAGUAGAUCAGGAAGUUCAUCCGGAAGUGGGUCAGGAAGUUCAUCCGGAAGUGGAUCAGGUAGUGGAUCUUAUGCAAGUGCUUCUGUAAGUGUAGACGGUGGAUAUACUGGUGGGUCUGAUAGUGGAUCAAGUGCUGGACAACAAGUAAAUCCUGUUUUCAACAAUAAUGUUAAUGCUGGAGGAUAUCCUUCUGGAAGUGAAGGAUCUUCUAGUGCUGCAACUAGUAUUCAACCAAGUGCUCCUGUAAUUCAACCAAGUAGUCCUGUAGUUCAACCAGUACCAUAUCCAGUUCCAAGUGGAAGUGCUUCUGGAGCAAUUGCUUCUGCUCCUGCACAAGCUGCUCCUGUCAUCGUACAACCAUCAACCCAACCAAGUGUUAUACCAAUGCAACAACAACAGCAACAACAACAACAAAUGACACCUCAAAUUAUCCAACAACCAGCAGCACCUGCUCAACCUCAAAUAAUCCAAGUACCAAGCUCAAGUGCAUCUUCUGCAUCAGCUGCAGCUGCAUCUGCAACACCUGCUCAACCUCAAAUGCCAACAAUCAAUAUGCCAGCUAUUACUAUUACUAAUACCAAUGAUAACAAAAAGGAAAGAGCUGCUGAGAAGAGAGAAGAAAAGGCUGCUGAGAAAAAAGAACAAAAAGAAAUAGUUAGAACUGAGAGAGAGUCCAGAAACCUUGAAAAGAAAGUUGGUAAAGGAGUUCUUAGUAAUGAACAAGAAGAACAGAAAGAACAACGCCAAGCAGUUAAGAUUGUCCGUGUGUAUGAAAAACAACAACAUAAGAAAGAAAAGAAAGAAAAACAAAUAACUGAUAAAAUUAUUAAAGAAACUAUUCCAGAAGAAAACACUAUAACUAAGAAAACUGUUGUAAAAAAUAAAGUUAAAACCAAAGAGGUUAUUCCAGAAGAAAAGGUUAGUGUCAAAAGAACUGUUACAAAACCAAACAUUCCAGAGCCAAAACCUAACACUCCAGAACCAAAAUCAUUUGAACUACCAGAACCAAAACCAUUUAAAUUACCUGAACAUAUCGAAACAACAAAACUUACCAUUAAAACACAACAGAAUAAGUCACACAAAAAACACAUCACUAAAAGAAGAGGAUGUCCAUGCAUCCACAAAGUCCCAGACGUACCAUGUAAAUGUUCUAGUAUAAAGAGAAAUGACAGAGAACUUAAAAGUAUUAUGAAAAACUUAAACCGUCUUUAA